UUCGGCACUACGCACGCCGAGAGUGUGGUCAUCAACAAGCGACUGCUAGUGGAACUAAAGCAAGAAAGACAUCUGGUUCAUCGGCUCAAGGCCAGAGAGAAGAACACUCAGACACGCCAUCGGCAGGAGCAGGAGCUGGUGGUCACGGCAUGGUAUAAUCUGAACCUGCAGCAGUACGACAAGGCAGUGGCUGACUACCUGCCUGGUUAUAGGUAUGUGCAUGAAAGGGUGUAUGAGUAG